UAAUGCGCACUAUUUGCUCUAUCGUUAUCACGCACGCUGCAUACUUCUCAUUUUUUAUCCCCCCCUCCCGGCCCACUAAUAUUUUAAUUUUUUUUUUUUUCAUUCACCAUCACUUAAUCGCUGAAUUCCAUUAAUUAAUAUUCGAUUAACAUCGCCCAAUGUUAUCAAUUGAACAAAUUCAAUAAUUUAUUCACUACUGACUUGUGAAAUUUCGCAUGGAUUUUCAUGUGUGUGACAACGAGGAUUUUAAUGAUAACUCUGGUGAACUCAAGUGAUUAUUAGAGUAAUUGAGUAAAUGGACAGUUUAAUUGAUGUGAGGGAGGAGUGAUUAAUUUAGGAUUUGUCGUUCUGUUACUAACUGGGGGAAAUUAAGUUGAAAAUAUAACGUGAAUGCUUCAUCGGGCAUGAGUUCCACUAGCCUUUAACGUCUCACAAUAUUAUCAGCAAAUACAUCGUGUAAUGGGUAAAAAACAAAUAAACAAACGUGCGGAAGAGGAUAAAAAGUGGUGUGUAAACUGAAAGUUGUGUUACCGAAGGGGAGCCCUACGGAAGCGUUUCCUAUCACCGCCUCGAGUGACCACAAGGAACGAUUGAAAUUCGGAGUCGCUCUCAAGAGCAGAUAAGGACUCGUGAGUGUCAAACCGACGAGUUGUAACGACCCGAGUAACGACAAGGUGAACAAAAAGUAUAAAAAUCAAGUUAAAGUGCGGUGAAAUCGUAUUAACAAGGAGAAAUGAGGUAUCAUCCGGUGGCAGUGACAAUUCUCAUCAUUUUAUUUGGCAGUGUACGAGCGCAAGGGAUCCCGCGAACAUUUUUGGCUAGGCCUUUCCGAGGAGGACCGGCACUUCAGGCAAGAGCAGUACUUGAUGGUUUAGCAGAGCUGCCAUGUGACAUACGGCCACCGCAGCCAAACGAUUCAGCAGUCUUAGUUGUGUGGUACAAAGCUUCAGAGCGUCUACCCGAUAUUACCCCAAUUUAUAGCUAUGACAUGAGGAGCAAACACACGGAAAAAGCUACACAUUGGAAAGAUAAAGAGUUUCUCAAUGAGAGGGCUCACUUUAGGACAGCCACUGAACCUGCUAUUCUCAAUAUUAAAAGAGUUGAACAGAGGGACGAAGGAGAAUAUCUGUGUAGAGUAGAUUUUGUACGGAGUCCAACGAGAAACUCCAAAAUUUAUCUCACUAUAAUCGUGCCACCUCAUAAGCCGAAUAUCAUAGAUGAACAUGGAAAAACUGUCUCGACAAUUGCGGGGCCAUACGAAGAAGGGGGAAGCAUGCGGCUCACUUGCCUUGUUUCUGGAGGGCGUCCAGCACCGACAGUCCGAUGGUGGCGAGGUGAAACACUUCUAGAGUCUAGAGAUGAGCCUGGUGAAUUUCCAGCUCUACGUAGAAACACUUUAAUCGUUACUGAGCUGACAAGGGCGGAUUUGCAUGCCGCUUUCACUUGUCAGGCUUCAAAUAAUAACAUCAGCCAGCCAGUUUCAGCCUCAGUUACCAUUGAGAUGCACUCACAGCACCACCACCACCACAACAACAACAACAACAACAAUACCAACACCAAAAGGCAUUAA